ACGUCGUAUUAUCUAAGACGCCAACUUGCCUGAACACAAGUGGGAGACUGAAAGUCACAUAACAUUUUCUACUGGGAAAAUUAAUACAAGAUUGGUGCACACCGAAUGCAACUUUCCGCCGUGAGGGCAAUCACCGGUACGUCAAGCUUAUAAGUCUCUGUUUUUGCAACUCUAAUAUAACAUUGUGCUGAACAUCAUGUCAAAAAUUAAGUUGCUUGAUGAUAAUACAGGAAAUAUUUAUACAAUUGAGGUUUCGGAAGAAGACGCAGUAAAAGCAAGUCAAGAUAUGCUGUUUGCAACACAACUUUUAGAAAAUUUUAAAGCCCAGAGUUGCGAGGAAUCUGUCACGGAAGCAGAAUAUUUGUCUGCUGAGGGUGACAUGUAUUCUACAGAUGAAGUAAUACAAGAAGAAACAAUGCAGGAAGAGAUAAUGCAAGAAGAGGAAAUGCAAGAAGAGGAGAUGCAAGAAGAGGUACUGCAAGAAGAGGCAAUACAAGAAGAGACAAUGCAAGAAGAGGUAAUACUGUCGGAUUCUUCUCAAGAGAAAGAUAGUUUUCGUUGGCCACACGAAGCCAUUCUUCUGCUACUCAGAAUCUAUCGACAGCACGAGGAUAAAAUUAUAUCUAGGAAAAUGUCGAUGAAGAAAUUUUGGAUGAUGGUUGCCUCCAAGUUGGUCGCGAAAAAUUACAAUGUCACAUCUUCUCAGUGCAAAAGUAAAAUGGCAGGUUUAAAGAACACUUACAGAAACGUGAGGGACUACAAUUCCAAAUACGGUAACAACGGUCGCACAUGGCCAUACUUCGACACUAUGGAUGAAUUAUUCAGGGAUAAACCAUGGGCAAUUCCAAGUCCUACGUUGGAUAAUAACAAUCCAACUUCAUCAUCGUAUCAUGAAAAUAGUAUUGAUAAGAAAAGAAACGGUUCAUCUCCAAGUAAACCUGAAUCACCUUCCAAACAGUUAAGAGAUUGUAUCUUGUUAGACAAAGUACUUGCUAUUGCAAAGGAGAGUAUCACCAAGCGAAGAAAGAUGCAUGAGGAAGCAAUGGCGAGGCAAGACAAGUUACUCGAUAUUCUAGAGAAAUUAAUGAAAAAAUAGUAUAACGUCACAGAUAUUUAUUUUACGUACUUUAUUAUUAAUCAGGUUACUCGACUAUUAUAUUACAAAAGUUAGCUAUUCUAUGUAAAAAUAAAAUGUUACAAAAAGAUUACUAUAAGUCAUAUCUUACAUACAAAUGUACAAGCUAAGUAUAAAUACCUAUACCUCUUAA